AUGAACCGCGCAGGCUUCGACAAGUACAUUACCGUCUUCAGCCCUGAGGGCUCGCUGUACCAGGUGGAGUACGCAUUCAAAGCGGUCACGUACCCUGGCCUGCUCACGGUUGCCAUUCGCUGCAAGGAUGCCGUUCUGGUCGCGACGCAGCAUGUGAUUCCCGACCGCCUCAUACGCCCUGACUCCGUGACGGCGCUCUACGAGGUCACUCCGAGCAUUGGCUGCUGCAUGACCGGUCGCGCCCCCGACGGGCGCGCGCUGGUGCAGCGCGCGCGAGAGGAAGCGUCGGAUUACCACUACCGCUACGGUAUGCAGAUUCCAAUUGCGGUGCUGGCGAAGCGCAUGGGUGACAAGGCGCAGGUGCGAACGCAGCAGGCCGGCCUGCGGCCGAUGGGCGUGGUGACUACCUUCAUCGGCAUGGACCAGAGUGACCAGGACGGCUCGCUCAAGCCGAAGAUUUACACCGUCGACCCGGCCGGCUGGACCGGCGGGCACAUUGCGUGCGCUGUGGGCAAAAAGCAGGUGGAGGCGAUGGCAUUCUUGGAGAAGCGCCAGAAGAACACCGAUUUUGACGAUCUGACGGAGAAGGAGGCCGCGAUGAUCGCACUGGCGGCGCUGCAGAGCGCGAUCGGCACAGCUGUCAAGGCGAAAGAGGUGGAGGUGGGCCGCUGCACGGCCGCCAACCCGACCUUUCAGCGUGUGCCAAAUAGCGAGGUGGAGGAGUGGCUGACCGCCGUGGCCGAGGCGGAUUAA